AUGAAUCCAGCAUUUUUCAUUCUGUUUGAUCAAUUUUUUCCACAUUCCUUCGUGAUCCCAAGGGCGAGCCAUGAUCCGCUGCAGAGGAGGCGGCGCCGCGGCAGUGAAAGGGCGACCAACUGUGGAUUUCGGGACCUGGACGGCUUCUGGACCUCACUCCGGCUUGGCUUCGGCUUCUGGACGCGGCGCCGUUUGCAAUCAAGACGGUUUUGGUUUUCCAACCUGCCAAUUAACUUUGUGGCUUGCAAUGGCUCGCUUUCAAGCGUUUUGGAAUCUUUUGUUGUUUUCAAACGGCUUCAGUGGCAUCUUUUCUUCCUUUGAAUAUUACGGAAUUAGAUUUCGUGAGUUUUCAAAAAGUUAUAGCUUCAAAAUUAUUUAAAGACAUCGGUGUUUCCUACCAUUUCAGUUUCAAAUGGCUUGGAAUAACUAUGCAAGAGUUUUUUUCAAACUUUUAACUUUUUAUUCAGAGGUGAAUGGACUUUUUUUUCUGAAUCAGAUAAAAAAAUAGAAAAAAAUAGUCAAAUUUUUUUCUCUUCAAAAAAAUUAACGUGAAAACCAACUAUUUCAAAAAAAUUAUAGCCUUCUAAUAAACGUAGAAAAAACAAAAAAAUAUGGUUUCAAGGCAUGUUUUUCGCUAUAUGAAUGCAUCCACAACAAAGUUUCGAAAACCCAGAGAAGUCAUAUAAAAAGGUUUUCUGGAAAAUAUAUAUUAGCUGAUUUAGAGUUCCCACAGGUAAAUUUAAUGAACCGAUAAGCUUUGAAGUUUAAAAAAAAGCAAGCCUCAAGAGAUAGAAAUAUAAUUUUUCCCUCUGUUCCUUCAUCUCAAAACCGUACGUUCCCAUAACCGGUGGAAAUUUCGACAUAAGUUUUCUGUUUCAUUUUAAGCAUUGUGAAUGAAAAAAACCAUCUCUUUUUUAUGCUUCUGCCCCCUCCACGAUAAUUCGCGAUUUUUGUCUAUUAUCUCGAUGUAUCGUCGCGAAGCUUUUUUCGGCAUCUUUUCAAGAGACCUCAUUGGGCUGGCACAGAUAUGCUUAUUCAAUCGUCCACCCACUUGAGCCUUCCGUCUGCGAAAAAGAAAAGCGUGUUCUUUUUCGAUCUCACGAUCAUUUCGGUCAUUUUCAGAGCGCAGAUGUUGCCAUCGCAAUUUUUCUGGUGGAUAUUUUUGAUAACUUCUGCCGGCGGACAGCUGGAAACUGCGAUUCCUACCAUCUACAAGUUCAUCGCUGACAAUUCCUACAUAUGUGAGUCUGAGGGCUUUUCGAGAAGCUUGUUAACAGCUAAGGUUAAAAAAAAAGUGGACUUUACAGUUCACUUAGUCAUCGGGAAGGUGGAACAUCUUCCUCAAGGUCUUACUUAAUGGACUAGUUUAAUGGUAUGCUACAGAAGUGUAGCAUGAUGAUUCUAUCACAGAGGUAGACUCUCACAUCAAGUAAACUUUUUUUCCAAGAAGGGGGCUCUGCAUUCCCCUCAUCUCUUUAAAAAAGUAUUUACCAUUCAAUCACUCAGAAUGAACUAAUAAUUGAAAAAAAAAUCAUAGUGAUAAGACUAUUAAUAGUUAAUGCGUUAUUAUUUUCUUAUUGCUACCAUUUUCUUAUUUUUCGACUGCUCUGAAAUGGUUGUUAUCCAAUCAGUUCAAAGAAAAAUAUUCACCAAAACUCGAAAAGUUAGUUUUCCCGCAAAUAUACUGAAAAUCCAAUGAGGUCAGCCGAAAAAAACUUAACGACUGGCGCCAAAACUGUAGGACAAAUUGCACGUUAGGCCUCAGUUUGCGCCUCGAAAUUUAACCUCCAAGGCUUCCGAAACCAGUAGUCCCUUAUUUGUAGCAACAUUCCAGGACGCAAAACACGCGCCGAUUGUUUGUUUUCUGUGUUUCGAGCAAUCCUACCACUUCAGGCUUUUCUGUGUAUUUUGGAUUGGCUGAAACUGACCUGCGAAAAAAAUAGAAAAAAAACUUGUUCAUGGUCUCCUUGGUCGAAGAAGGAAUUUCUCAAAAUACUAGUGAGGAACUCGAUCUUUAGAUAAGCUUGAAAAAUCAGAUACCAAAAAAUUUAUUCCCAAGUCUUCAAAAAGAUAUUUUCAUUUGAAAUCUUUCAUAUAUCCAAAAAAGAGAACAUUCUCAGGAGAAACGUGAAAAUACGCCUUAAAAAAGCGGUUGCCAUUGAAUUGUUAAUUCUCGUCGUAAGCGGCAGAAAAGUGUAGGAAUUCACCGUUCGUAAAGAACAAAUUCUUUUUCGCAACGGGGCGCCUCUUAUACCGCGCUAAAUUUACAAAGGAGACUUUGUGAAACGUUUUUCCGGAUUUUUAGGCAGUCCGGUACUUCUUGGCGAUGGCAGCGUUGUUACGUUUUUGACCGAGGCUGAAGGUUUGAACUGCACCGAAUGUGAUCGGGUUCGUUGAGAUUUUCCUUUCUGACCGAUAACUUCUUCUUCUUUAUAAAUUGUCUCUGAAAAGUUUUUUUUCAGAUCAUAGCUGACGUGGUGCCGACAAGCGCUUGCGGCAUUCGAGAAGAGAAAAAAGUGAAGGAGCCAGUUCAAUGUUUUGAACGUGAGGAGGCUUUCUUGGUUUGAUCGCUUGCCAAACCGCUAAAGUUCUGUCCUGUCAUAAUUGAAGUGCAAGCCUUGAGAACCGGACACCUUUCAAAGGACUACUCCGCUUUGUUUUAAUUAUCGCCUUUGGCUUUUCUGAACGUUCGAUCGAAGCCAAGCGGCGAUUAUAAUAUAUCAUCAAUGUUUGAAAAACAAAAACCCUUAUAAUGUAAGAUAUAAAGAUGCGAUUCUGAACACUCGAAUGAAGCCACAUAUAAAUCUAUUUUUAAAAGCUUCUGAAAAAAUAAAAAACUUAGGUAGGUAAAAAAAACCAACGAAUGCCACCAACUUGAAAAACAAGUACGGUUCCCAACAGCUCAGCUAUCAAACUGUUGACUGUGAUAGACGAUUCAGAUUCCAUCAAAAUAUCUCUCAAUUUGAUUUUCAGUGCCUCCAUUGUGCGUAGAAGAGUUCGCCCUCCGUUAUUCGAGCAAGUUCAUCGAAAGGUCUCAAGAAGAUGAAGAUCUGGUCAGCGACAGCGUGGAGAAUGACCGAGAGGACAACUCCGUUGAGACGAGCACAGAACAGAUAAUCAGAACUCGUCCUCGUGUCAGAGCCUUGAACAAAGGAAGCGUCGUCAUCGGCUCAGAAGGCUUGGCCCCAGUCGCAACCACCGUAGAGCUUUCUACUGUUGUCCCUUCGACUUCUACAAUCACCAUAAACAGCACCGAAUCUCAAGAGGUGGAGGUGGACGACUUCACCAACGGAUCAGUUGGUGAAUCCUUGUUGGCCGAGGCUCGAACUAUCAUUCCUCUCUUCACGCUUCCAACCGACCCUCCAGCGGCUGAAAUCGAAAUGAUCACUGAGAAAAUCGAGUCUUCCAAUAAUCGAGACGGAGAACCUGAAAGACUGCCUGUCGAGGACAACGGACUGGAAGACAAAGAGCUGGCUAUCGUGAAGAGACGGAAGAUCUUCAUCGGCACUACGACUCUCCCCACGACAACUGAGCCGAUACCUACAACAACUCCGAUUUGCAUGGACAAGCAUGAGGUCUAUUUUGAGAGAUAGUGAUUACAAUCUUUCACAAUUCCAGCUCUGCUGCUUCUGGGCGACCACUGGCGAGUGCGAGAAAAACCCUUUCUGGAUGAGAGUGAACUGCGCAAAAACCUGUGGCACCUGCGACUGUCCAUGUUUGCUUUUCCUCCAUUUUUUACUAGUUUGUGUGAAAGUUCUAUUUCUAGUGAAAGACGCUGACAACUGUAAGUCAAAAGGAAUCAACUGCACAUUGCCCACGACCACCACGAAGCUGACCACGACCACCACGCCGAGCACUACAACGACUACUGAAAUGACGACAACAACCGCAUCUACGGUUCACUUUUUCCCCAUCCAACUUCACGGAAAAUCUUGCAAAUGACGAAAUUCAGACAAAGAAGAGGAUGACGAGACCGUACACUCCACCUGACAAUGGAUUCCGGCGCACUCAAGCCACUAAACCAACGCAGCCUACUAUUACCAGCACAACGACGAAGGUUUUUAUUGGAGACUUCUAUUUCGAUAAGAAGUUCCUGAUCAUAAAAAUGACGACAAAAUAUCGCUUUAAUCAAUUUCGUGUCUUUGUCAAUAAUAAUUGAAAGAGAAAUUUCAAAAAAAAAACGACACAUUUCAGAGAAAUAGGCAAUUGGAAAAAAAUCUGCGCGAUACAAUUUUUUUAAAAUGAGCUUGGAUCAAUUUUUAUCUCUCAUUACUGUUUCAAAAAGAAUAGUAACAAAAUUACGACUCUUUUUUUAUUAACUGUCAGCUUGCGAAAACUGACCUUUCUGGUUUUUUUCCGCAUUUUUUCAAUGUUCAUUCAACUUUCUAUGAAAAGUCCCUCAUAGAAAAACUUGAAACUUCUUUUCAAUAUAAUUUCGCUCAAAAAAUGGCUUGAAGAACUUUUCCUCAAAGGGUUGUUUGCCUGAAAGUUUGAAAGAAAGCAUCAAAAAAACUUUUUCGCUUCAGCCAACAACGACAACUCCAACCACGACUUCAACGACGACGACCACCACGACGACAACGACUACGACCACGGAAGAUCCAUGCAAAGAUUACUACAACGAGUGUGCCUUCUGGAGCAUGCUCGGAGAAUGCCUCAAGUUCGAGCUUCUCAAAGUUUCCCGCAAAAAUUUCUUUUCCAGGAACCCGUUUUUCAUGCGACCAAACUGUCAAAAAUCCUGUAGUUCUUGCGCAGAAACUGUGGAGACAGUAUACGCUCCAACUCCACGACCAGGUUGAACAAAACAAAGAAAACAACAAAACAUUGCGUUCCUCUCUAGCGGAACGCUCCGAAUUCCUAACAUGGCAUUAGCGCUUGAGACCAAACGGCUUUCUCAUUUUCAAGAGGUGUCCUCUCAAGCCCUUUUUAUGAAGUCUCAUGAAACUUGCCCUUCUUAGACUAACUAGAUUGAUCCAAAAAAAUGUUCUUCUGAUUCAUUCUUCACAUCUCAGGUUGCGAUAAUGGACACAAGUACUGCAACUUCUGGGCCCACAUCGGCGAAUGCGUCAAAAAUCCAAACUACAUGAUUCCAUACUGUCGCUUGGCUUGCAGGGUGUGCUGA